CAAAUUAAAGUGGCAUAACAUGACCAUUAUGAAAUCUUCUCCAAACCAAACCGUGACAGCUGGAACAUCGUUAGUCGCUAUUGAAUGCAUCGUAUCUCUAGCCAUUUACAACUUCACUGCAUCUCCAUCGACCGUCACAUGGUACAAGGACAACGUGAGACUGACUGAGAUUGGAACGUCUUCAAAGUACAGCUAUAUCAACAACAAUACUACAAUGACCAUGAAACUGUUUAUUCACCGUCUUGAAAUAGACGAUUCCGGUGUUUACACAUGUAAACAUGAKACCGCAAACCAAACAUUAGUUUGUAAAGCAUUGUUACUAGUUAAACAAAAAGUUUCCCAGCCUUCCUGCAACAAAGAACUAAGUCCUAUUUUGCUUGCCAAUUCUGGAGAACAUAAGGAACUUCAGUGCCCAGACGAUGGUGAAGAGGAUGUUGUCUGUUUGUGGUACAAAAAUGCAAUCCCUAUCGCUCAUCUUAACAACUCCCACGUAUACGAAGACGAUGGGGAUCUAGUAUUUGACAAAAUAUCACUUCAAGACACGGGAUUAUAUCAAGUGAUGUUAAAAAAUGACGCAGGACAGUGCAUGAUAAGAUUUCCUACUUACGUCAGAGUAAAAGGGGUCAAAUCGAGUACAUCAGUUGUGCCAAGCUCUACGUCAUUCUGGAUGUCAAUUAAGUCGUCCAUCAUUUGCACGCCACACAUAGCAACACCGACAACUUCUGUUAUUUCUUGGCCAACAACCUCUCUUUCUUCUCCUCGCACCAUUGAUUCCACAACAGCACAUUCAUCACCCUCACGAACAUCCACAUCUACAUACCUCGCAACACCCAUACCUACAUCAUAUACCCCAACACCCAUACCUACAUCAUAUACCCCAACAACCAUACCUACAUCAUUAAUAUCAACACCCAUACCUACAUCAUUAAUAUCAACACCCAUACCUGCAUCAUAUACCCCAACACCCAUACCUACAUCACUAAUAUCAACACCCAUACCUACAUCAUUAAUAUCAACACCCAUACCUACAUCUACUUCAACAUAUCUCCAAACAUCCACAACUAGCCAGACAACUGACGAACCUGGAAUUGAGGGGACUACAGGARCAUCGGACCGAGUGACUAUUGAUACUACCCAGUCCGCUUCUAACAAGAAUCAAGAAAAUAAAUCAGAUGAUUUACUAAUGUGGAUUGCAUCUGGGAGUGGUGGUUUUGUUGUCUUGACAACUGUUGUGAUAGCAACGAUCUGCUGUUCAUGCAAAAGAAAAAGGCGGAGAAAAGGGAAAUUUGACAAAAAUGCUGACCUCUUUGAAGAGAUGGAAAUGACAUUUAAUAAAAGGUCAGGAAAACAAGCUGUAGAUCAUUCAGGUAUACAAGGCUCUCCUGCUAGAGGCGUGGAUACAAAGCDUCUCCUUAACGACGAUGAGUCCUUGUAUGCCCCUGUGUUGGCUCUUGACAAUGCUGCCCUAAACUUUGAAGACACUUUUCUGCUACAAAAUCCACUAGUAAAUCGCAACUCGGCACACAUGUAUGACGAACCAAUCAAUCAAUCGUACUUACAGCGAAAGCCGUAUAACAAGCCGUUACCCACGCUUCCCCGCGCCGAGGACUUACAAAAAAGACGUUCUUCAAGCCAUUCGUACCUUGAGCUUCUUGGUCCUAAUGAGAACCUGAACGUUCUUACAGACAAACCCAAAAGUGUUCCUGAAGAAAAUUUAUACGAUUGUGCAAGAGACGGAGUCUUGACUGAUACGUUACGUAGAAUAAAAAAUCAACAUCAACAACAACAACCUUUGUAUCAUGUCUUGGAGAAAACAGACAACACAUGCGCAAAUAGGGAGUCAACGCUGUACGCAAGCGCCGAGGACCUUCUACCGGAACCAGUCUAUCACGUGCUUGAGCCAUCACGACCUGAGAGUAUGUACCAGGCYCUUGUUGAGUACGCGCCCAAUCAUAUUGAACAACCAUUGGAUGAUUCAAUCUACCAACCACUUGACAAAAAGGCACGCAGCACCUCGGCACCAAGCUCUACUCUUCUUGCAAGCAAAAUGAAAUCAAAGCGAACGUCUUCGUCAGGUCACAUGAUGAAGAGUGAUGAGCAAUAUUCGCGAUCUUAUCCCGAGUAUAAAGAUGAUAAUGCCGGUUGUUAUGUCUAUAGUGAUGACUUGUAUCAACCGCUGAACAACACGGAACGCUGUCCACUUAACGUUAGUAAACCCAAGAACAGCACGCUUCCUUUUGCUUCGCAUGUAAGAAAGGGUUCCUUGCCUCUUGUAGAAGGAGAAGAGCCCACCCUACAUGCCAUUGAUGUCUCGCCUAGAGGAAGCCUGAAACAAAAUGAAAAACAGACGAAAAAACCUGGACAUAGACGUAACCUUAGCGACACACAUACAAUCGUAAAUAUCUCCAGACUGACACAACGACGUGCAUCAGCAGGAGACGGCCUGGGACUAGGAUGUAACGUGCCGUUCCCUGGACGAACAAAGCGUUUCCAUAGUGACGCAGGUCUUUGUCCAAUUGAUUUGAGUCUUCUACGUGUUAGCAUCGACUUUGAGUCCGAAAUGAAUCUUGGGAAACCUAGUAACGAUGCGUCUGAAAGGAAUUCUGGUGAAACGAUAUAUAUGCCACUGGUAAAAUCACGUGACUCUAAUGAAAACCAAGAACUAGUCAAUUCAGUUAACUCAGUGAAAACAUAGGUCUUGUACACUAGACGUAUCUAGACAUACCCCAACCAUUGAAGACAUAAGUGUCAUUUGUGCCUCACCAAAUAUAAUGAACUACGAAAUUUGGCUUUAAGAGAAGGSAUCACAUGCAUUAUAAUGUAAAUUACACACUCUCUGAGUACAAAUAAAACAUGAU